AUGACCAAACCCCCAAAGAAGAAGCCCUCAGACCUCUCCAGCAUCCCCAACAUCGCCGACAGGGGCCUCAUUGAGGGCCGCGGCUUCACCUCCCGCGGCUCCGUUGGGUCCAUCGCCUUCUCCUCGUCCACCGGCCUGCUCUCCAACGUGCCCUACUCGCUGCCGACCGCCAGCAACGUAUUUGGCAUCGGCUCCGAGCACCCCUUCGCCAACUACUGGACCUGCGAGGGCGGCCUGCCCGAGGUCAUCUCCGUCCUGCCGGACAAGAUCCAGGCCGACAUACUGCUGGCCCAGUACUUUGAGUGCGUCGACCCGGUCUACCCCAUGAUCCACCGGCAGACCUUUUACGCCGAUUACGAACACUUCUGGAGUCUGAGCCCAGACGAGAAGAACCGCGUCGAUGCCGCCUUCAUUGGUCUCAUCUUUGUCAUGCUGGCGCUGGGGACGCAGUUUGUAACGUCGACGUCCCCCAUGGAUGGGAAGCAGACGGCUGAGUUCUAUGCGUCGGCGAGCAACCAGGCGUUGCGCAUGUUUUCUUACCUGAGCGCUGCUUCACUGCGGUCCAUCCAGGCCAUGGUGUUGUUGACCUACUUUCUCAUCAACGACAACCACGCUUCAGACGGCUGGGCAUUUGCGGGCAUACUAAUACGCCAAGCUUACGCCAUGGGUUUACAUCGCGACCCCAACAUUGUCACCCCUGAAGCCACCAUAUUCGAGAAGCAGCAGCGCCGCAAACUGUGGCAAGCAGUGCUCCUCCAGGACACCUUCCUCACUGUCCUCCUCUCCCUGCCCCCCUCAGCAACGCACACCGACGUUUCCGUCGAGGACCUCCUCGACGACGGCUCGGCCAUCGCCUCGAGCGACCCGACCGACAUCGCCUACAUCCGCGGGUCCUGGACGCUCGCGAACCUCGUCCAGGAGACAAUUUGCUCGGCGCGGUCCCUGGACCUGCCCAUCUGCUCGACGCCGCGGCACAAGUCCAAGCUGCUCUCCGACUUCCGCGCCGUGUACCGCUCGUUUCCAGACAUCUUUCGGUCGUGGGAUCCGGAGAGCCUCACGGUGCUGGCGCGGACCAACAAGCGCGUUGUGCGGCAGACGCUGUUCCUGACGAGUAACUAUCACCACAACAUCAUGCUCGUGCACGCCUCCGAGAGCCCCGACACGCCCGUCAACCUGCGCGGCACGCUCGAGGCUGCGCACGAGGCCAUCACAUCGUUUUUCCUGCUAUUCAACAUUUUUGAGCUCGAGGCGCGUGUGUGGUGGGUCUUUAACCACCGGGCGUUCCUCGAAGCGCUGUGCAUCGGCAGCGUGCUCCGCGAGGCGUCGAAGGAGCCGUCAACGGCGGAGAUGGCGGAGAGGGACCCGUUGUUCGUGCGGGGGAGAGGGGAUAUCGCGCGCAUGGUUCAGAUCAUGGAGUUGAUGGGCGAGGGCGAGCAGGGGUCCGACGUGGCGCGGGCAAGGGUGCAGGUGCUGAAGGACCUCCUCUGA